CGAUCAGGGCAUAUUUCUACGGGCGUUGUUUGUCCGCAGUUCUAAUUGUAAGAGGGUGUUAGGAAAUUUCUCAUUUUGUUAUAUCUUCAGGAAAGUUUAUUUCUCCUGUCAAGUCUGAUCUCACAGAAAGAAUCGGAUAGUGUUUAUUAAUCUUUAAAGUUUUGUAAAAAAUAGUUUCCAUUAAAAAAAUCAAAAUGGCAGACGUGGAAGCAGACGUGGAGGACAGCACUGUGCCAGUAGACGCCGGCCUUGAAGGGGACAAGGAAGAAAUCGUUGAAGAAACUGAAACAAAAGACGAACCAGCUGAUGAGGCAGCAAAUGAUGAUAAUGAUGAUGGUGGCGAUGGUGCUAACGACGAGCCUAAUGUCGAAGAUGGAAACGAAGGAGAAGAGAAUACAGAAGAAGAGCAGCCAGCAGCAGUAGAUGAUCAGCCCUCAGAUGAUCCGGUUGAAGAGGGUAACAAAGACGCACAAGAAGAUGACGAUGUCCCCGUUGAUCCGGCGACAGAAGAGACGAGCAAGGACACGGAACUGGCGGAGUCGGAAGAAAAAGCCGUAAGGACCCCACCUCCAGCUGAAGAAGAUGACGAUAAAGGUGACGAACAGGGCGAUGAACAGGGCGAUGAACAAGGCGAUGAUAAGGGAGAUGAUAAGGGAGAUGAUGACACAGGAGUUGACAAUUCAGUUCAAGAGAAUAACAGAGCUGAUGUUCCUGUAAUGUCAGACGAAGAGAAAGCAAAAUGUCGCCGGUUGUUCGACAAGAAGGCAGUGAAUGAAAGGCUUGAUCUGGUUGGACUCAAGGCAGUGUUCAGAUUGAUGGGACAAGUCAUCUCAUCCAGUGACGCCGAUCAAAUCUUUGAUGAGGCUGAUAAGAAUGAUGAUGGUACAGUUGAUUUCGAAGAGUUUUGUCGUCUGUACAGUAAGUUUGGACAAGAAGAGGAAGUCAGAAGGUCUCUUCUGACGGACAGCGUCAAAAAGCUGUUCAAGUCGAACAGCAGAGGAGAAAUGGAACUCAGUCAGGUGGAGCAGGUGCUAUUAAAACUCCAACAACCAGGGCCCAACAGUAAGCUACUCAGAGAGAAGAGUGACCUGAGGCCAGAGGACAUCCGGUCAUUGAUCAAGACGAUGGACAAGGAUGGCAAUGGACGUAUCGCAGAAAAAGAGUUUGUCGAGACCUUGUGCCAACAUUUAGAGUGUUAACAGUAAAAGUGUCGACCAAUAACCCAUGCACUUCAACCUAUUAAUCAAACACAUUUCAUGCGUAUCAAACGAGAUGUAAAACUCUUGAUAUUAUUGUCACCAGUAAUACCUUCAACGAUUUGCUAGCUCUUAUCUCUUACACUAAGACCUGCUCAGCGAAUGAUUGCGUGCUAAAACAACAUUGGAUGCAUAUGACGCCUGUAUAUAGUAUCCGUCCAUUCACCAAUGUAUUAUACUAUUUAUUAUCACAUUUUCUUUUGCUUGUAUAUUAUGUUUGUGGUGCAAUGUAUCGAUAUAUUACGGACACUUCCAAGCAAUACGCCCUACGCCAGGAAACAUUCCACGGAAACCUGAAUUUAAAAAUAUAUUUUAUUUUACUAUUUAUUGUUUACGCCUAAAAUAUGUACAAAUAUAUUGUGUUUUUCUUUUCAUGUUCUAGCUGCUAAUGGAUCGCUUCUUUUUAAAUGUUACCCUAAAUACAUGUAAAUGUGUAAAAAUCACUUAAAGUUUGAGGCCCUAACAACGGCCUAAACGGUGACCGCUCUUUCGAAACUUCUGCACAUUAAGGGGCCGCAAAGCCUCUGUUUCAAUAGUCUCGACGAGGUUGGUUUUUUCCGGGGGAGUGGGGGGGGGGGUUGGCUGUUAUGCGGCCGGUGAAACGUUGGUGUGAAGGGGGGGAGGGGAAACUUUUCUGGUCCCCAUACAGGCCGAAAAAGUGUUGGGCAUCACCGAGCCUUCCCCCUUUCCUGAACAUUCGCUCAUAGUACCUAGCACCAUUUAUUUCAUUGAGACCCGUGAAGGAAUACUUGCCAGCCUGGAUAUUCUUAGUUUUUUUGAAAACUUUGAUCACAAUGUAAAGCCCUUGCAGGACGCUUCAGCAGGAAGCAGUAACAACAUUAAAACUAAGAUUAAAACUAAGACUAAAAGUACGACUACAAUAAAGACCAAGACUAAAACGAAGACUAAGAAGUUUGGACUGAGAUUAGAAUAAAGACCAAAAGUAAUUGGACUAAAAUAAAGACUAAGACUGUGGCUGCUGCCUUUAGGUGUCUAAUCUUCCUUACGAGUCUCUUCAAUAACGUUACGUCUGGAAUUUAACUUCCAUUCCAUAGUUUCGACCUCAUUUCUUCAAGUAAAGUUACCCGAGACUGCAAUAAAAGUUUCUUAUAGUGACCGUGGAGAUCAGAACAGCUCAAUUCUUGGAAGGAAUCAAUUUAGAAUGUUUAGCUAUCAGACCAAAAAAAACCCACAAGUAAUUCGUUAUAUCUCUCUAUUAUUUUGAAGUGCGUAAACUUUACGCAUGUCCCCAUUGCUGAGUCUUUAUCCACCUUUCUCAUAUUCAAUCCAUCAAGAAAAAAAAAAGCGCAAGAUUGUCAUAGUCUUAUAUCUUAAAUAAUACAGACAUUACUCAAAAAAAAAAAGAAGAUGAUUAGUCGUUUGGGAGUAUGAUUGAAUUAUGUCAAUAACAUAUGUCUACUGCAGCGUAAGUCUAAUCUUUUGUCAAUGACAUAUGUCUACUGCAGCGUACGACAAAUCUUUUGUCAAUAAAAUAUGUCUAUUGCAGUGUAAGUCAAAUCUUUUGUCAAUAACAUAUGUCUACUGCAGCGUACGUCAAAUCUUUUGUCAAUAACAUAUGUCUACUGCAGCGUAAGUCAAAUCUUUGUCAAUAACAUAUGUCUACUGCAGUGUAAGUCAAAUCUUUUGUCAAUAACAUUUGUCUACUGCAGCGUAAGUCAAAUCUUUAACUAUUGAUGUACAUUUGUGGUCAAACAAAGGCGACAUAGUUAUCAUGGUAGAACUGGGCCGUGUAAAGUGGACAGAAUCUGUUGGAUGAAGAGCAUAUUAAGCCUUUAAGCUCUGAUAAGCUCCGAGUUGUUGAUUUUUUAAAUAUUUUUAUUAUGUAAUUUAUGUCACAAUUUAUAAUGAUGAAAUUUGAAUAAAGUUUAAAAUGUUGAAUUUAAGUG